AUGGGACAGCUUGGUACAGCCGCUGCUGCUUCCUCGCCGACAUCGUUCCCUGCACAACAGCUCCACCAUGAGCACAGCAAACCCCUGCAGAAGCCACCAAGGCCGAGCAGAAGACGGCCAAGGCCUGUGGGGGCGCUGGACGCAAGCGCGCGAGACAACGCGCCGGAUGCGCCGCGAGUGUUCGACGCGUCGAGGGGUUGCGAGUCGGAGGCCGCGCGGGAGAGGAUUGAGCUAGUGCUGCGGCUCAAGGACAUGGGCAGGAGGUUCGAGUGGAGGGGCGCGGUGAAGGUGUUCCGGAGGGCCAGGGCCAGGGGCAUGGUCAUGGAUAACAGCGUUUACAGUUGCAUCAUCAGCGUGGUGGCCAAGAGCGGGCGAUGGUCGGAGGCCGUGGAGCUCCUGCAAGAGGCCAAGGAAGACCCCGCGGGCCUCGACCCCAACAAGUACUGCUACACCGCGGCCGUCAGCGCCUGCGCCCGGGGCAGGAACUGGGAGCUGGCCCUGGCCCUGCUGGACGAGAUGCGGGAGGCCGGGCUGUCGCCCGACCACUUCACGUACGGCUCGGCCGUAAGCGCGAUGGCGAGGACGGGGCAAUGGCGGCGUGCGCUUGGCCUGCUGCGGCGGAUGGCCGGGGAGGGUCUGCGGCCGAACGUCGUGUGCUACGGGGCCGCCGUCGACGCUUGCGCUAAGGGGGGGCAGUGGGAGAGGGCAGUGGGGCUCCUCCAGGAGAUGGGAGACGCUGGGGUUGAGCCUGACAGGAUCUGCUACAACGCGGCGAUAAACGCGUGUGCCCAGAGCGGCGAGUGGGAGACGGCACUGUCCCUCGCGGACGAGAUGCGCCGUUCGGUACCGGUCCUCGGAACGGGCGCCGGUCCCGACGUCGUCACGUUCAACUCCAUCAUGCACGGCAUGGCUAGCGCGGGGGAGUGUGAGCGGCUGCUGGUGUUGCUCGCCGAGAUGCGGGAGGAGUAUGGGGUGUCCCCGGACGUGGUCUCGUACAACACGGCCAUGGCGGCGUGCAACGAGGCACGCCAACACCUGCGGGCCCUCUCGACCUUCGAGGACAUGCAAGCCGCGGGCGUCUCACCGGACACGGAGAGCUUCUCCGCCGCCGCCGAGGCUUGCGCCUGCGCUAUCCCCGAUGGCGGCGGUAGCAUGGUCGAGCGAGCGAUGGAGCUCAUGAGGAUGGCGAGGGACCAGGGCCUGAAGAGACCGGGGGCGAAGGCAGUGGCGGCUACCCUGGCGGCGUGCGUGGGGGGGGCCGGCACCGGGGUUCCGCGAGAUGGGCGGGAGAGGGAGGCCGAUGGAGGUGCUGCGACUACAGUGGUUCCGGAUGAUGACAGGCGAGAAGAAGACGCCGCGCAGACCGGCCUCAAUGGUUCCAGCAGUGGCGGUGGUAAGAGCGGCGGCGACGGCGGCCGGAAAGCCGGGAGUAUUGGCCGUCCCGAAGGCGUUGCAAGCCAAAAGGCACUGCCAGCGGGGUUGGCAUCGCUACCGCCAUCAUCAGUGACAGCAGAGAGGACAGCCAGAAGAGGAAGCGCAAGGCAGACGAAUGGCGACAGCUGUAGUAGCAGCAGUCUUGUCUCCUCCGGCACACCGACCGUCAGCCUUACAAGCGAGGAGGAGGCCUUGUCGACGGGAUUGGCAUCACCACCGCCGCCACCAUCAGCUGCAGCAGAGGGGACACCAAGAAGAGGGAGCAACAAGCAGGCUAACGGCAACAACAACAGCAGCAGCAGCACUCUUGUACCCUCAGACACACCUAACGCAGGCAACGACGCCACCCGUAGUCGCUCGGAAACCCGAAGAGUGUGCUCCCACGAAGCCGCCGCAAGCAGUGGCCAUGGAAAAAUACCCGCCAAGGGGUCUCCGCAGAUGGGAGACAAGGGGCUCCGCGACGAGGACGAGGAGGUGGGGCUGGGGGGUCGAGCAUCACCGGCGAGGCCACGACCAGGGAAGAAGACGACGGGAGCAGUGACGGCUGCGGCAACGGCGGCGUCGUUGAAGCUGGGUGCGGCACUCGCGGCCGCGGCGGUGGACCAGGCCUCGUAGAUCUGACUGGGCGUCGGAGACAUGACCCGAUGGAGAUCUAAGCGAACAUCGGAGGUUCGCCCACGCGUCGUGGGCCUGAGCGGUCGUCGAGAUUCACCCACGCGUCGGAGAUCUGGCUUGGCUUCGGAGGUCUGACCAGCCGUCGUUCGUUAAUGACCCGCAAGGACCGAUAAGGACGGGUCUCGGGUACUCUCUUUUACUUGGCGAAGGAUUGUGCGGGCCGUCGAGCUAUUUUUGGUCCCGAAUUGGUUCCGUCUUUGACCCUGGGAGGAACAAAUAAAAAUCGGGAGUUUGGUUUUUGUUUUUUACCCAAGCAUGGCAUUUUUGUGUUUUGACCUUCUGGAGCAGUGUUGUCGUGGCGGGGCUUUUGAGAGGAAGUCGGCUUUUUUUGUCGUUUUAUUGGCUGACUGAUGUGUGAAAAAUCACCCCCGAACGCGUGACGAUGAGACGAGAACCGAAGCAGGAUGGGCACAUGCGCGGCAAAUGAGCGUGGUACCCCGUGUUCCGAUCUUGUAUGUUUUGUUCAGGUCUUACAUGGUACUGAUGUGUCUUUUAUGUAUGUGGCAUCGUUGACUCCACAAGUAGGGUUGUUUUCCGUUGUACGAGUGGGGUAAUUUGUGGUGGGUUUCCAGUUGAUGUGAGAGUCCACCCGCAUGCUGUGUUGAGGUAAGAGAAACAGGCAGAGAGGAAGAGA